UUGCCUACCAGCAAAGAAGAGCUUUAAUAUUUCUGUGGAAGAUGUGGAUUGUUAAAAUAUUUGGCGCCAUAUCGCUACUUCAAGGAUCCGUGUGGGGACAAUGGAAUCCAUACUUUGCUCCAGGAAGACCCACAGUCGUGCAUUUGUUCGAGUGGAAAUGGAGAGACGUUGCGAGAGAAUGUGAGACAUUUCUAGGGCCGUAUGGGUACGGAGGGGUUCAGGUCUCCCCGCCUAACGAGAACGCUAUAAUUAUGGACCCCUUCCACCCCUGGUGGGAGAGGUAUCAACCCGUGUCCUACAAGUUGGAGACCCGCUCCGGCACUGAGCUCGAAUUUGCCGACAUGGUCCUCCGCUGUAACGCUGCGACCGUCCGAAUCUACGUCGACGCCGUUAUAAAUCACAUGAACUACAACUACCUUUCUGGAAUAGUGACUGGGGGGAGCUUCUAUGACGGGCCGAACACCCAGUACCCAGGUGUACCGUAUGGGCCUUUGGAUUUCAACAGGUAUCCGAACGAGUGUCCAAAUCCUUCAGAGCAGAUCAACGAUUAUAAUAAUCCGAUAGAGACACGUAACUGUGAACUGGGAACGUUGCGGGAUCUCAAGUUGGGCACUGCCUACGUGCGUCAGAUGAUAAUCGAUUAUCUGAACAAGCUUGUCGGCUAUGGCGUGGCUGGAUUUAGGAUUGACGCCUCGAAGCAUAUGUGGCCAGCUGAUAUGACGAUCAUCCUCGCACAGCUGAGAACCCUGCCGACCGAUCAUGACUUCCCGAUUGGGGCCAAACCGUUCGUGUAUCAAGAGGUUAUUGAUCUCGGCGGUGAAGGUAUCAAGGGUGACGAGUACUUUGGCCUAGGGCGGGUAACCGAAUUCAAAUAUGGGAAACACCUCGGCGAACUUUUCCGCGGGUACGAUCAACUCAAGUGGCUCGUAAAUUGGGGUGAAGGGUGGGAAAUGUACCCUGACGGAAACGCGUUCGUCUUUAUCGAUAAUCACGACAACCAACGCGGUCAUGGCGCAGGAGGAGAAAACAUUUUGACCUAUAGAGUUUCCCGCUUGUACAAAAUGGCGGUCGGUUUCAUGCUCGCGCAUCCAUACGGUAUCACGAGGGUCAUGUCGUCGUACGAUUGGGAACCUUAUGAGGCAGAUUGGAUUGGACCCCCCAACACGAACGGGGCUAUUGACGACGUCAUCGUGAACCCUGACCUGACCUGUGGGGGUGGCUGGGUGUGUGAACAUCGUUGGCGGCAAAUUUACAACAUGGUCCGGUUCCGGAAUACCGUGGCGGGAACGACUUUGAACAACUGGUGGGAUAAUGGGAACAAUCAGAUCGCUUUUUGCCGAGGAAACAUGGGUUUCAUCGCGAUUAACAAUGACGAUCAUCCCCUCGUCGAAGUAUUGCAGACAGGGUUACCCGCUGGGGAGUAAUGCGACGUUAUCUCGGGCAAUUUGGAGGGCGGGGUUUGUACGGGGAGCACGAUUCGGGUAUUGGCGGGGGGAGUGGCGGCAAUAAAUAUCCCGCAUAACACGGAGGCGGAUCCUUUUGUGGCGAUCCAUAUCGGGGCAAGGUUGUAAAGAAACGAGGACAAAAUUGAUUGAAAUUUUGUAGAAAAUAAUGCUAAUUAUUUCACAACAAUUUGGGAAAAUAAAAUAUUCGGUUUUAGAGCAA